AUGAUGCCUGGGGAACCCCAGGGAGUGCAGCAGGCAGGAGGGCAGGGAGUGCAGCAGGCAGGAGGGCAGUCGAGGGUGCCCAGAGCACCCCAGGGAGAGCAGCAGGCAGGGGGGCAGCCGGGGGUGACCGGGGCACCCCAGGGAGCGCAGCAGCCAGGGGGGCAGCCGAGGGUGCCCUGGGCACCCCAAGGAGCGCAGCAAGCAGGGGGGAGAUCGAUGGACGACCAGGAGCAACAAUUGGAGGAGUGGUGUCGACUUCUGGAGCUUGAUACCCCCAUGGCGACUGCGGAGGAGUCAGAGGCGGACGAAGAACCUCCCAUGCCGCCUUCCCCAUGCCCCCGCUUCCCGUGCGACACGUGUUUCCACACUUUCGCUACGCGGGGGGCCGCUGCGAACCACAUGAGGGUAUGCCGAGCGGCUGAGGCGGAGAGGCGUGCACAGGCUCUCGGCUCGAUUCCGUCUUUGGUGGAGACCGACACGCAGGAGCGAUCGACGCCGCAGGAAUUUGGGGACGAGGCGUGGGCUGGGGUUACGCCAUGGGAAUGGGAAACAUUUUUCAGUGUGGAGGCGGUUGGAGGGAGGACAGUUCGCCGGAUCCCACAGCGGGCCAGGUCGGGGGUCUUAGACGCGCUCUGUUGCAUCCUUAAGCGCUUGAAGAGCCAGCCGGGAGAUGAAGCCGCUACCCUCCUACUCUUGGCGUUUCCGCGCCUCAUCCUAGCCAUGCCUCCCAAGCCAGGCAUAGGUCAGAAGGCGCUGAUCACAGAGCGGUUGGGUGCGUUCUGGGAGGGGAGGUGGCGGGAGCUGUUCGACUCUGCCAUGGCGGCAGCGCGGCCAGCAGUUCGCCCACUUUCCUACACUCGCUCUGACCAUGACCCGGAUGCCAUCCGCCUGUCACGGUGCCGAUCUCGGUGCAAAGUGGGGGAGUGGAGCCGAGGAUUGGCCUGCCUUACAGCAGGGGAGUUGGCUCGACCGUCUGAGGUCAUGGUGCAGUCGCUGCGAGAGAAGCACCCGGCUAGCGCAGGCGAGGUACCACAGUGGGUCCGCGAUUUCACCAUCGAUACCGCUCAGCGGCCUUCACUCACGACCAACAUCCUGGCCAGAGCUAUCCAUACAGCCGCUCGAGCCUCAGCAGCAGGGCCAUCGGGGUGGGUCACAGAGCAUCUGCGCGACACCUUCCUCACUGAACCUAACUGCCUCUCCCACCUGUUGGAAGUGUUCAACCAAUGGGUGGCCGGACAGGUCCCCGAGCGGGCUCGGCCGUGGCUCGCCGCAUCCAACCUAGUCGGGCUUUCCAAGCCUAACGGCGACGUCCGACCGGUGGCGAUCGGGGAGGUGCUUCCUCGUAUCCUUGCUCGAGCUCUCUGCAUCUCGCUCUGCCCUGCGAUGGUUUCCUACUUUCUGCCGUGCAACCAGCUGGGAGCGGACACCAGGGUCGGGGCGGAGAUUCUCACUCAUUCUUUCCAGUCAGCGCUGGCCACUCACCCCGACUGGUGUGCGCUACAGAUAGACGUCGCAAACGCCUUCAAUUCGUUUCACCGUCAUGUGAUGUUCGAUGGGCUGCGGGAGUCGCCUUUCUCAGGGAUGAUCCCAUUCUUGCGUGUCUUUUAUGGGACACCCAGCGACCUGUACCUCCAAGCGGGCCCUUUCGUACAGAGCCUCGAGUCAGCACGGGGAUCGAGGCAGGGGGACCCGCUCGGCCCUUUUCUUUUCGCGUUCACGCAACAGCAGGUGAUGGAGCCGGUUACUAGGGAGUUCAAGGACCUGCUUUUCCUCAGCUAUGCAGACAAUACCUAUAUUUUGGGGCCAGCGGCUAGGAUUCUGGAGGCUUUUGGGGUGCUGCGGGAGUGGUUGGAGUGGGUAGGGCUGGAGGUGCAGGCGCACAAGUGCCAGUUUUGGGAGCGCGAGGGCAAGGAGGUGGAGCGGUCACUGCCAUUGGGGAUGCAACGGGUGGAUGAGGGUCUUACUGUGGUGGACGUGCCUAUUGGAGAGGAGGUUUGGGAGGUGGUCCGGCUACGGGAGCGGCUUCGACAGUUGCAGGCGCCACUGCCAUGGCUCCCCUUGCUCAACCACCCCCAGAUGGCUUCACACCUCCUUGCCAUUGCAGUUUCAGCGCGGCCGAUGUACCUCGCCCGGACUAUGCCGCCGCGUCUGGAGGUGGUUGAGGCUUUUAGGGAUUGGGACAGCUGUUUAGAGGAUUGCUUUGAGCAGCUUUUCCCACCUGGCACUUGGGAGCAGGAUCCGGGCGGCGGCCUCUUUGAGCCCACUGUCCUAUGUUUGCGGGUGGGCGCAGGCCGCGCGCGUCAGCGGCAGUUAGCUGUAGAGGAGCUCCAGGCACUACGCCGCUUGGCUCGUGACGAUGCUACCUUGGCCCGUUUCACAUCUCUUCAGGACCCGGGGGCAGGUGCAUGGGUUUCGGCGGUUCCGGCUCACUCAGAUCUCACAUUCACUGCGGCUGAGUGGGGCAUUGCUGCUGUUAUACGGCUCGGGCUCCCAAUUCAGCAGUUGCAGGUAGGGUCACUGAAGGCGCUCAUCGGGGUGGCGUUACAACGUGCGCAAGCCCGUGUCAUCCUGCUUCGAGCGGCGUCUUCCAUGGGGGGGAUUAACGUAGAUUUGGCGGAUCGGGAGAGGGACGAUGUCGAUGUGGAAGGCGGGGCUCUCUAG